GAAAAAAAAAAACUAAAUAGUUCAUUUGGCCAUUCUAAAAUUAUUCUUGUUGGUUGUUGGAGCAACGAUUUGGCGGUGACCACUAUCGAACCAAGAAGACCAAGAUUCUCAACCUACGCCGCCACAAAAAAAGAUUCUCUUAGCCCACGGCUUCGCUAACUCCUAAAUUCCGAUGCUGCUUUUCACUCCCUCUCCCGUAACGGUUACUCUCUCUCCCAGAAAACCAUUUCCCUCAAACGCUCUUACUCUGCACCACUGUUUCCCUCCCUUCUCUGCAAAACCCAUUUCCAGAAAUUCCUUCACAUGCGCUCUCACACAUUCACCCACCCACACGCACGUGUACCCCGACCCAGUUCCCGAAUUCGCAGAACACGAGACCCAUAAGUUCAAAGUUGAACUCUUUCGGAAGCUUUCGGAAGAUGACGUGGAUGAGUUCGGGGACGACCUUGAUGCGGUUGUUGCCGUUUGCGCGCAGAUAUUUAGUGAGUUUUUGCACAAGGAAUAUGGAGGUCCUGGGACAUUGUUGGUGGAGCCAUUCACGGAUAUGAUGGUUGCUCUAAAGAAGAAGAAACUACCAGGAGCAGCUCUGGCUGCAAGAGCGUCACUAUUAUGGGCACAAAAUUUUGUUGAUAAGGAUUGGGAAGUUUGGAACUCAAAAAUUUAAAUGACUUCCACUUUACAGCCUUUUAUCUUUUAUCAUGUAAAGAUUUCUUAUUUGCGUGUAACAUGUGGAUGCUUUAACAAAAAAAAAAAAAAAAAGAAGCAAAUCACUUGUAUUAGAUUUUGACAAAUUCAAAAUUUAUUUAGUUUUCCUCUUCAUCU